AUGGCAGGUAUGAUCAACGGAUCUUUUUCUAUCUUCCGGAAGUCGGAUUCCCGAAAGCCUCUUCAUGCCCGGUGGGGGGAUGCCUCAAUCUCAGUUCCAACAGAUGGAUCAUGGAGCCAGUAUGACAACCCUCAUCGUCCGGUAACACAUGAAUCUCGUUACGGGCCGGGCUACGUGCCAGGCAUCUCUCACCGACACCAUGCAUCCCACUCAUCAAUUGAAGGAGACUAUGACGAUGCCCAAAGUGCUUGCAGCUCGUCAUCAGACACAUCACGCCGUAGCUCGCUGUCCCUCGAAAACUUGCGACCGGCCCGUGGCUCUGGAUGUUCAAGCUCAAACUUCAACCAUAGCCCCGCGGACUUCGCAUAUAAACCAGUUCAGCAACACUACCCGUCUGAAGUGGAGAGAAACCCGAAAGCCCCCGGCAAUCGAUUCAAUUACAUUCCUACGAGUGGUCGCUACAUUCAAGAGAAUGUAAGAGCGCCGGUUCCACGCGGUCACUCUUCUAGUUCUCAUCGCAACUACCAACCGAGCCGGGAUCGAAAUGCCGAGUUGAUCAAUGACAACCGUUUUAAUCGUGAUUCCAGGCCGACUUUUCGGGUCCGCAGCUACGAUGAUCACCAUCAGAAGAUGCGCACCAGUAUUGUGGAUGGUUCGGAACACUCGCGGCGAGGAGGUGUUUUGCCUUCUCGCCGUAAAACAUCACCUUCUGCCUCGGCCGACCGCAAGCGAGCUUCUUCAAAACCUCUGACUAUGGCGAUGGUUCCCGAUCAGGAUGACCUUUAUGAUUGA